CGAGGGAGGCAGACGAGGUCGGGAGGCGGCGGCGGCGGCGGCCAGGAGCCCUCUGGAGGGGGAAGGUGUCACGAUGGAUCUUGUACUGAAUGUUGCAGAUUAUUAUUUUUUCACGCCAUAUGUAUAUCCAAGUACAUGGCCAGAGAAUGAAAUCAUCCGACAAUCUAUCAGUCUUCUAGUUGUAACAAAUCUUGGUGCUUACAUUUUAUAUUUCUUUUUUGCAACUCUGAGCUAUUAUUUUAUCUUUGAUCACUCAUUGAAGAAACAUCCACUUUUUUUAGAGAACCAAGUAUAUCGAGAGAUUAAGUAUACUGUCCAAGCACUGCCAUGGAUAAGUAUUCCCACAGUUUUAUUGUUUCUGGCAGAGGUCAGAGGUUACAGCAAACUGUAUGACAACAUAGAAGAUUCAGCAUAUGGUUGGCUUGGAGUCAUUUUUAGUAUGGUGUCCUUCCUCUUCUUUACGGAUAUGGGUAUCUACUGGAUUCAUCGGGGCCUUCAUCAUAAACUUGUAUAUAAGUUUUUACAUAAGCCUCAUCACGUUUGGAAGAUUACUACUCCAUUUGCAAGUCAUGCUUUUCACCCAAUGGAUGGCUUCCUUCAGAGUCUGCCUUAUCAUAUAUACCCUUUCAUCUUUCCAUUACACAAAGUGGUUUAUUUAGGCCUGUACAUCUUUGUGAAUGUCUGGACAAUUUCCAUUCAUGAUGGUGACUUCCGAGUUCCAAAAUGCUUAGAAGCAGUUAUUAAUGGCUCAGCCCAUCACACAGAUCACCACCUGUACUUUGAUUAUAACUAUGGCCAAUAUUUCACAUUGUGGGAUAGAAUUGGAGGCUCUUUUAAGUAUCCUUCUGCUUUUGAAGGCAAGGGACCACUAAAUUAUUUGAAGACAAUAACUGAAGAAAAAUUAAAUGGCCAUGCAGGAAAUGGUUGCAAGAAUGAACAGUUUUUCAGUGGAGAGAGUUUAAAGACUAAGUAGAUUGUUGCCCAAUCACUGCUAAAUAGCAACAUCUGGUAAAGAAAAACCUAUUCAACAAGCAGCCAAGGGAUAUCAUCAAAUUGAACUCUUCUGUCAUUUAAGAGUUUGUACUUUCAGUGCAACUGUGAUAUAUAUGAUCAUGGUGAUGGAUUCCAGCAGGAUGUUGUGAACACCAAAACAUGGACUCCACAGUUCCAACACUAGAUAUUGGACUAAGGUUUCUCUUAACUAUCUGUUUCCUGCUGGAAAAGCUGUGGUAUGAUCAUAGGGCCUCAAAAAAUGUACAGAAAGAAAAUGAUAAAGGGUAGCAGGGUUGAUUGUAUAUAAUGUACCUUAUGCUGCUGUUCAAUGAGGAAGACUAAUUUUGUUUAAAAACAAAAUUUAGUAUCAUAACAAAGAGCUUUUAAUCUAAAGGAGGAAAGCCUUAUUGUGGCAAUAUUAAUUGGUCUAUCAAAAAAUGGGGUGAUUACAUGCAGUGUCUUUGUGAAGUUACAUAUUCUGGUAUUUAAAAUUGGCAACUAAAUAAUGUAAGCUAAUUAAUAGCCAGUGUAACAAGAUUUGUCAUCCUCCCAUACCAAGGAAAUUCAUUUUGGGGGAUAGUGCCAUAAGUAAAGUUAAUAGGACUCUGUCUUUUACAGUGAAGUGAAUAAACAGAAUUUUUUUUUUCCUAAAUUGAAACUACCCAGAUUUUAUUUAUAUGACUCAUCCAGGCUUAAGAUGACAUAAAUAAAACUUUCAGGUGUUUUUAAAAAUUUAAAACAAUAAUCAUUUUGAUUUAAUGCUUGAAUCUGAAUGUACUAUAAAAAAGUGAAAUUUGUUAUCCGAAUAUAUAUUUGACAGUACUAAUUUUAUAUUAAAUUGAUGCACUGCACUUUUGAUAUGUGUCAAAGCUACAUACCUGCAAUUUUCUAUAAAAUGGACAAAAAUUCUAAAUAAAUAGCCAAUGUGGAAGAUUGAUUUUGCAAUUAAGCCAUUCCCCC